CUCACUGCAGGCAGUUGUAGUUUAAUCAGCUGCAGUACGGACUGUUCAAAUGAGUUUUUAUCCUCUGUCAGCACGCACAGUGAGAGUAUUAGGACAUGGGGAACGGAAUUAAUAAGGUGCUGCCUGAUCUGUAUUUGGGCAACUUUAAAGAUGCCAGAGACAGAGAGCAGCUGGCAAGAAACAACAUCACACACAUUCUGUCUAUUCAUGAUACGGCUGCCCCUAUUUUACAGGAGAUGACCUAUCUCUGCAUCCCGGCUGCUGAUCUUCCCACGCAGGACCUGAAGCAACAUUUUAAACAGAGCAUCAUGUUCAUGCAUGAGUGCAGACUUAAAGGAGAGGGCUGUCUGGUCCACUGUCUGGCGGGUGUAUCGCGCAGUGUUACGCUGGUCGUGGCUUACAUCAUGACAGUGACGGGUCUGGGCUGGCAGGAGGCUCUGGCAGCGGUCAGGGUGGCACGGCCCUGUGCCACACCCAACCCCGGCUUUCAGAAACAGCUGCAGGAGUUUCAGAGCACACAGGCGGAAGAGUUUCGGGAGUGGUUACUGAGGGAGUACAAGGAAUGUCCUUUUAACGAUGAGGAGCACAUACGCAACCUGCUGGCUCAGGCUCCAACCAACACAGAACAAACCGAGGAGAAAGACACGGACAUGUAAAGAGAUCAGAGCGAUCCAUCGAUGCAUUCCUCCUUUUUACAAAUGUGUGAUGGCAAAUCCCCCACCCCCGUUCCUGCCAUUUAUAACAGGGUUCUGGAUUUGAUUGGCGUGUGUACAAUUUUGGCUAUCGCUGUUUUGUAACUUUGUUGUAUUUUGUAAAAAUUUGAUAAUUUUUACUCCAGCAGUGCUCAAGACUACUUUGUAUUCUGCUGUAUUCUACUCAGGAAUGAAAGUUUGUAAAGUCUGUGUAAUAAACAUGAUU